CCUGCUGUAUUGUUACGCAGGUCUCGUGAUACCAGCCUUGUCUCUCCUCGCUGGUAUAUAGCGGGGUAUCCAACAUUUCUGUAGAUCACAUUUUUGGUUUGGCGUCUGCUUUGGCUUUGGUUUGCAUCCAGCAGAAAAUGUCUCAGUAUUCGGGAAAAAUCACUUUCUAUGAGGGCAAAUACUUCACAGGCAGGAAGCUGGAGGUCUGUGGGAACUGUGAUAACUUCCAGGACAGAGGUUUCAUGAACCGAGUGAACUCUAUCUGUGUACAGAGUGGAGCUUGGAUCUGUUUUGAUCACCCAGACUUCCGAGGACAGCAAUACGUUUUGGAGCAUGGGGAAUACCCCGACUUCUACCGUUGGAAUGGCUAUAAUGAUCACAUGGGCUCCUGCAGGCCUGUCGGAAUGCAUGGUGAGCAUUACAGAAUGGAGAUAUUUGAUGGGAGCCAUUUUAGUGGUCACUGCAUGGAGUUCACUGAAGAUUGCUCUUUCCUCCAAGGGCAGGGCUGGAACAAGAACUGUGUCAAUGCCAUCAAAGUGUACGGAGAUGGAGCAUGGGUGCUGUAUGAGGAACCCAACUAUCGUGGCCGUAUGUAUGUUGUGGAGAGGGGAGAGUACAACAGCUUUAACGUGUGGCAAGCUGACAGUGCAAAUAUCCAGUCCCUCAGAAGAGUCGUCAACUACUUUUAACUGAAUUAUUCUUGUCCAAACAAUGUCCCGGUGCAAACUAGAGUUUAAUUUUCCUCUCUGCUCACUCAAAGUGUGGAAUAAAUUCUUAAGAGCUGCUGUUGGCUGCAGGUAUUUUUCCCCCAUUACACGAGACAAAGUAUGUUUUGCUUGAUUAGAUGGCCUGACUGUACUUUGAUUCACAUCGUCCCGAAAGGUCAGGUGCCUCUUUUCCCAUAGGAGUAAACUGCAUUUGAUAUCAGCUACAGUGUUUCUGGCCAGUUUUUAAAGGGAUAAUUUUAUUCUCCUUUUCACUCCCCCUGUGGUAUAUAUUGGUUUAUUAUAUUGGCUGUUCAGGCUCAUUUGUCUGAUGGUUACUGACAGGAACUGGCAAAAUUCCUAUAAAAUGCUGAACCAUUGCUUCCUCACUGCAAGUCUUUGCAUUAGUCCACUGGAAAGUCUGCUGACCCAAGCACUUUAGCUGUCUCUUCAAAGGGACUCUGGAAAGGAUGGCAGGCCCAGAGUGCAUCUGGAUGUGAUGCAAGAGGGCACUUACAAAGGGCUUCUACGCUCAGCAGUGCAUCUCUGUUCUGCCCUUGUGGAGUGGCCUGCAGUGGAGUGAAAUAUAUAAGAAUUCUGCAAUUUUAAGAGCUCAGAGAAAAGCAGAAGUCUCUAUUAAUCGCACAUUUAUAAUGGAGCACAUGGAUACACUUUGGAAGAAUGGCAAUCUGCAUUGCAACUGCACACAGGCUUGAGUCAAUACAGGGCCACAGACAUGUUGCUGAUGAGUGGUGUUUUUUCUUAAACAAAUCUGGUUACAUCCACUGGGUUUUGUUUUUGAAAAAGAAUCGGACGGACCUUGGAAUGCCAAGAAUGAGUUUUUUAAGGUGGAAUUUUACGAGCUGCUCACUGCGCCAGUGUUCCCAUUAAUUGCCUUUAUUUUUGUGGCUUAUUUUCCAAACAUAUAUAUUUUAAAUGUACUUUGUAACUUUUUUGGUCACCCUUUCAAGUCAAGAUUAUUUGCUUAGUGUUGCCCUGUACAAACAACAAAAUUAGAGCAUUUUAUUGGAAUGAUGCUGUAAUGAACGGGCCUGUAGUUGUAUGAAUAUGUAUGUAUGACAUAUUAUGAAGCCAUCAGUAGUGAUGCCAUAGUUAAG